AUGGGUACCGGCAGGGCCAAGAAGGGAUCUCCCAGCUCAGAGGCGUUGGGUUUCAGCUUGAGUAUACUCUACAAGGGGGAUUGCAAGGUCCAUCUUCUUAAAAGUGCCUACGAUGUCUCCUCAUUCAGCUUCUUCCAGAGGUCCAGUUUGCAAGAGUUUAUGACAUUUACAAGCCAGCUGAUUGUUGAGCGGUCAGAGAAGGGGAGCCGAUCGUCGGUGAAAGAACAAGAAUAUCUUUGCCAUGUUUAUGUGCGGAAUGACUCCCUGGCAGGCGUAGUAAUUGCUGAUGCAGAGUAUCCUCAAAGAGUUUGCUUCACACUCCUUGAAAAGGUUCUGGAGGAAUUCUCCACCCAGGUGGACAGGAUAGACUGGCCAUCUGGCUCUCCAGCCACUAUUCAGUACAAUGCCUUGGAUUCUUAUCUAGCCAAGUAUCACAAUCCUCGGGAUGCUGAUCCAAUGAGUAAAGUACAGGCUGAGCUGGACGAAACCAAAAUUAUCCUGCAUAACACUAUGGAGUCCUUACUACAGCGUGGAGAAAAACUGGAUGACUUGGUCAGUAAAUCAGAAGUACUGGGAACCCAGUCCAAAGCAUUCUCGUCGCCACUCUGUGGAAUCUCAGCCAGGAUCUGGUUCUUCAUUGGAUCUACCGGCAUUAAAGCAGAUUUCUCCCAAUUUAUUACCAGUCCGGAUAUGCUGCCGAACUCCCCAAAAAUAGUCAUUGCCUGCCUAAUGGAGUGA